UGCCUGGCGAGAGGCUGCGAGACAGUUGAUUGUGUCCGGGAAGCCGUUUCUUGACGGUGACUAGAAUGACCGUACUCCUGCCCUGACUCCACUGGCGGACGGAACAGCAACCGCCUUCUCUUUCUCCCCCCCGCACGCCGAGGAACCGAGCUGUGAAUGACAGACAUCGUAUCCUCCACCAUACUUAGUGAAAUACAACUUCGGUUACUCUGUCAUGAUGACAUAGAUACAGUGAAGCUUCUAUGUGGUGACUGGUUCCCAAUAGAGUACCCAGAUUCAUGGUACCGGGACAUCACAUCCAACAAAAAAUUUUUUUCCUUGGCAGCCACAUAUAAAGGUGGUAUUGUGGGGAUGAUAGUAGCAGAAAUAAAAAGUCGAUCAAAGGUACAUAAAGAGGAUGGAGAUAUUUUGGCCUCAAGUUUUCCCAUAGAGACACAAGUUGCUUACAUUUUAAGUCUAGGGGUUGUAAAAGAAUUCAGGAAACAUGGAAUAGGUUCUUUGUUACUUGAAAGCCUGAAGGACCAUAUAUCAACCACAGCUCAAGACCAUUGCAAAGCAAUCUAUUUGCAUGUCCUUACUACCAAUAGUACUGCCAUCCACUUCUAUGAAAAUAGAGACUUUAAACAACAUCAUUACUUGCCCUAUUAUUACUCUAUACGUGGUGUUUUGAAGGAUGGCUUCACUUAUGUUCUUUAUAUCAAUGGGGGACAUCCUCCUUGGACAAUCUUUGACUAUCUUCAACACAUUGGCUCAACUCUGGUGAACCUGAGGCCUUGCUCCAUUCCCCAGCGAAUAUAUCGUCAGGCACAGAAUCUUAUUCGCAGUUUUUUACCCUGGCCUGGUAUCUCAGCGAAAGGUGGUAUAGAGUACAGCAGGGCAAUGUGAUGCUGAUUUUUAAGCAAACAAUUUGAAAAGCUACAAAAUGACAGUCUGCACUGAUUAAAUUUGUAUUUCUUCUGGAUGUCUAUAUGCCAAGCAGGGAGAAGGGGAUGCUGUAUUUUAAGAUGCUUGGAGGCAUUCCCUCACUGAUGCAAUUUGAAUUCUAUAUGGAAUGUAUUAUAAUACAGUGUUACGUAUAUGUUAAUGGAACAAGUGCACUGUGUUAAGAUUCAUCUGUUCCAUUAAUGUCUUUUAAUUACUUUUACACUCUGUAAUUUGCUGCUAUCUAGAAAACCACUGUAUGUCUGUCUUGUAAUUAUAUGUAAAU